GGUAGACCUUUUUUGCUAUAAAUGAGCACCUUAAUUUGCCAAAACAACAUACCACUAAACUCUGUAGCUAUGAUCAGUGUCCAGGAGCUCAUCAAAGAGCCCUUGAUGUUAAUCCCACAACAAUACAUUCGUUUUGGUGAUCAAGGUCCUUCAAAACCUAUUCUCUUUGAUCAUUCAAAUCUCUUGCCAACUCUGCCAAUUCUUGACAUGAAACAACUGGAGUCAGGUUAUGAGGAGCUUCAGAAAUUGCAUUCAGCCUGCAAAGAUUGGGGUUUCUUUCAGGUGGUGAACCAUGGAGUAAGUAGUUCAUUAAUGGAGAAACUGAGAAACGAGAUUGAAGAAUUUUACAAGCUUCCUAUAGAGGAGAAAGUGAAGUACAAGAUAAGGCCAGGAGAUGUUGAAGGAUACGGAAGCAUCCCCCGAAGAGAAGGAAAACUUGAUUGGGGUGACAGAUUAUUUAUGACAACCAAUCCCCUCACCAAAAGAAAACCACAUCUCUUUCCAGAACUCCCUUCAUCCUUAAGGGAUACGUUAGAGCAUUAUAUAGCCGAGCUGCAAGAAGUGGGUAAAAAACUUCUUAUGGCUAUGGCGAGGGCUCUAAAUAUAGAGAGGGAGGAAUGGGUAGAGUUGUUUGAAGAUGGGUUGCAAUCGAUGAGGAUGACUUAUUACCCUCAAUGUCCACAACCAGAGCUGGUUAUGGGGCUUACGCCUCAUUCCGAUGCGACCGGAAUCACCAUCCUUAACCAGCUUAACGGAGUGGAUGGUCUUGAGAUUAUGAAGGAUGGGGUUUGGAUUCCUGUGAAUUGUCAACCAGAUGCCUUUGUUGUAAAUGUAGGAGAUAUAUUAGAGAUUUUAAGCAAUGGAAUCUACAGCAGCAUAGAGCACAGGGCCAUGGUGAAUUCAACGAAAGAACGGAUCUCCAUAGCAUUCUUCAUGUACCCUAAAUUUGAGGCUGAUAUUGGACCUGUUUCAAGUCUAAUCAAUUUACAAAAUCCCCCAUUAUUCAAGAAAAUAGGGAUGGAGCAGUACCUCGAAGAUUUCUUCUCUCGUAAGCUCGAUGGAAAAUCACAUCUAGAGUAUAUGAAAAUCAAAACUGAUCAGGAAUCACAUGGAACACCUGUUGAUGCCAAAAAUUAAUAGAUCAUUGCUGCAAGUUUCAGCAGUACAUAUAUAUAUAUAUAUAUAUAUAUUAUCCUGCACUGCAUGUAGUACAAUAGUAUAUUGUGGUAAAAUAAACCUACUAAUAACUUACAUCAGUUUGUGCCUA